AUGUCUGACGUUAGUAUUGAAAAGACUCAAAUUUUACAAAAAUAUCUAGACCUUGACCAAAGAGGUAGAAUCAUCGCUGAAUAUAUUUGGGUUGAUGGUACUGGUCAUUUACGUUCAAAAGGUAGAACUUUAAAGAAGGCUAUUACUUCUUUAGAUCAAUUACCUGAAUGGAACUUCGAUGGUUCUUCUACUAACCAAGCACCAGGUAACGAUUCUGAUAUUUAUUUAAAACCAUGUGCUUAUUAUCCAGAUCCAUUCAGAAGAGGUGAUAACAUUGUUGUCUUAGCUGAAUGUUAUAACAAUGAUGGUACUCCAAACAAAUUUAACCAUAGACAUGAAGCUGCUAAACUUUUUGCUGCCCAUAAAGAUGAAGAAAUCUGGUUCGGUUUAGAACAAGAAUAUACUUUAUUUGAUAUGUAUGACGAUGUUUAUGGAUGGCCAAGAGGUGGUUUCCCAGCUCCACAAGGUCCUUACUAUUGUGGUGUUGGUGCCGGUAAAGUUUACGCUAGAGAUGUUAUCGAAGCUCAUUACAGAGCUUGUCUUUACGCUGGUAUCGAAUUAUCUGGUAUUAACGCUGAAGUUAUGCCAUCCCAAUGGGAAUUCCAAGUUGGUCCAUGUACUGGUAUUGACAUGGGUGAUCAAUUAUGGGUUGCUAGAUAUUUCUUACACAGAGUCGCUGAAGAAUUUGGUGUUAAGAUUUCCUUCCAUCCAAAACCAUUAAAGGAAGGUGACUGGAAUGGUGCUGGUUGUCACACUAAUGUUUCAACUAAGAACAUGAGAGCUCCAGGUGGUAUGAAAUAUAUUGAUGCUGCCAUUGAAAAAUUAUCAAAGAGACAUGCUGAACAUAUUAGACUAUAUGGUGCUGAUAACGAACAAAGAUUAACUGGUAGACAUGAAACUGCUUCAAUGACUAACUUCUGUGCUGGUGUUGCUAACAGAGGUGCCUCUAUUAGAAUUCCAAGAUCUGUCGCUAAAGAAGGUUUCGGUUACUUUGAAGAUCGUAGACCUGCUUCUAACAUCGACCCAUACUUAGUCACUGGUAUUAUGUGUGAAACUGUUUGUGGUGCUAUUGAAAACGCUGAUAUGAGCAAAGAAUUUGACAGAGAAUCUUCUUAA